GUCGUGAAGUCUUUCUGCUCUUUUCGCUGCAUACUGCUCAUCUCCGCCUGCGUUCUCUGGGCUUGAACUCCUUCACGCCAUGUCGAGAAGGACCGAGGCCUUGCAGACAGACGAGAAUCCUGUUGCAGUCGGUGGCUUGGAGUUGCGCCGCGUACGCGAGCUGAACGAAGCUGCUCGGCGUCUUUCGGCGGAACCAAGGCGGGCUCAAGUAUUCACACUAGCUAGUGCUACGCUGGGAGGUUUAGACGCCUGGCUGCGAUUCCGCGGAGCAUAUUAUGUCAGCAUAUAGUAUACACACGUGUGUCUCGUGCCUGUGUAUCACUGCAGAGA